CGUGACGAAACAGUUCUGAGCAGGAUUUCCGCAAUGUUCUGGACCGGUGCAACGGACAGUGUUUGGUAUUCGAUUGCACCUUGUGAGCUGGUCACAAAGUGCCUGGGACUGACUCCUAUCUUCACCGGAAUGGAGCUUAAGUGUUGGCAAGGCUGCGUGAACCAAACCCACCUGUUUCUAACGUUCGCCUUCAUGCUUCGGACCUAUUGGAAUUGUUUGUCGAAAGAUUUGGUCUACGAGACUGGGUCACAAAUAUUCAACGAAAGUGGAAACAUCAUUGUGAUUAUGUUCUAUCUGCUUCCGGUGGGCUGUGUUGCGUUCAGUCGAUGUGUUGCCGGUGAAAUCUAUCGAAUUGUAGCAACGAUUGAUUCGGUGGAUUGCGGGAUGAGGGAACUGGGAGUCCAGAUAGAUCAUGGUCAACAACGACGUAUGGUUUUAAAAAUAUUGUCGCUGACAAUUUCCGGAAUUAUGGUAUCAAUCAUGUGGUUUCCUGUGAAUCACUGGGACGUGGAAUUGGAGUACGGGUUGGAGUCAGUAAUAUUCACCGUGCAUUUCUCCGUUAUCUUCGUAUAUGUAGCAACGUUGUCGCUCCUGUUGGCGAAGCGCAAUAUCACUUUAAAUGAAACAUUUAGAAUGUAUUUUCCGGUAAACUCCACGCCGAACGGAUUUUCGACAUCGCCCGGUUACCUGGAAAUGGUUGUGUGCAACGAAAAGGAGCAACUGGUGGCUCUGAGGCAGAUCAAAGUCCUGCAUGACAAGCUGAACGAUGUGGUGGAAUUGGUUAAUUAUUGCUUCGCCGUUCAGAUAACCUUCUGCGUGGGUUUGUGCUUCGUGAUUGGCGUUGUCUGUUCGUUUGGUCUGUUCAAGACAUUGCUGUAUUGGGACGAGCUGUACUACAUGGGCCUACUGAACUUCGUUUGGUACUUGUACUAUUUGUUCUUUGUGCUUUUCUUUAUUGCAAUUGGAAGCAAAGUUACACGUGAGGGCAAACAAAUGGGCAUUUUGGUUCAUAAAGCUAUCAACUGUUCCACGUCAAGCGUGGUAAUCAACGAGUUGAAUAUCUUUUCCCAGCAGUUGCUUCACCGAAGCCCAGUCAUCACAUGUGGUUUAUUUGUGUACGAUUGGACGUUGCUCUACACAAUGAUUGGUGCAACAGCUACAUAUCUUAUUAUUCUAAUUCAAUUUGAUGUAUCGUUCCCGAGUCCGACCAGCCUUAACGAUACCGUACCGUACAAAGGAUAAGAAGUUCAAUAAUUUCUAUGGUAAAAUAAUUUGAAUGCAUUUCAAUUGAUUGUUUUUUCUCAAACACGUGCAAUAAAUGUGAACAA